GGUACUGGUGGUGAUGACUCAUAUUCAUUUCUUGUAUCUGGCUCUAAACAUACUUGUAGGUUUGUAGUUCCCGAAAUAUUCGUGAUAAUGGAGUAAAGGAUGUUUUGUGUAUUAUUUACAUAAUUUUAAUUGGUAGUGACUUAUUUGUGCUUCAUUGAAAUGUUUACUGUUGUGGCAAGUGUGUUUUGUAUUUGUGAAGUUCCUAUUUGGACAUAAUGUUUUAAAUACCUGUUGUCAGCAAUAUUUGGAUUUAUUACAUACCCAACAGGCACUGGGACAGGUCGUUUUUGCUCUUCCAGAUAUAGAUUGUGACGUUAUACCGGAGCGUCAUGUCAGUUUGCCUCGAAAGUAGUCGGCCGCGGGACGGUCUAAAGCUUCCUUUGAACAGGAGCAUCAGUGAGCCCGGUCCCCAGACACCAACCACCCAUCUGUCUCUGAGUCCGCCGAAAAGAUUCAAACUGGAGACCGCCAGCGUGAGCCUGCCGACUAGCCCCUGCGCGGAAAGUGCGAACCUCCAGCGGACCUGGGUGCUGAACAAUGUCAAAACCAUGGACGACGACGCCCUCAAGGCGAAGAUGGAAGACAGGAGGCCCGGCCCUAAGUCCUACAUCCUCCUGGACUGCAGGCCCUUCAUGAGUUACAACAUGAACCACAUAUCGGGUGCGAUCAACGUCAACUGCUCGGAUAGGUUCAACAGGAGGAGGCUGCAGCAGGGGAAGGCUACCUUGGCCGACCUCGCCACAACGCGAGAGGGCAAGGAAGUACUCAAAAAACGCUCCUUCCGCGAAGUGAUUAUAUACGACGACUCGACGAGCGACAAGGAGAGGAUUACCAUAGGCCAUCCGCUGUUGCUUGUUUUGACGUCCCUGGUCGACGACCACAAGGAACCGUCGCUGCUUAUUGGGGGACACCGGGAGUUCCACCGCAAGCACAAAGAGCUGUGCGAAGACACGCUGGUCUCCGGGCUGACAUCUCGGGGGUUACCGUCGUCGGCCUCUUGCCCCGCUUUGGCAGAUGUGGAUUCCUAUCCCGCAUCGAAAGUUUUACCCUUUUUGUACCUGGGCAACAGCAAAGAUGCAGCUGAUCUGUCUUGCCUGCAAGGCCUCGGCACCACCUGCGUAUUGAACGUCACCUCACAACUACCAGGCUACCACGAAGAAUGCGGUAUAACGUACAAGCAGAUACCCGCCACAGACUCUGGACACCAGAACCUCAAGCAGUAUUUCGAAGAGGCCUUCGAGUUCAUCGAGGAAGCGAGGAAGAGCGGUUCGAGGGUGUUGGUGCACUGUCAGGCGGGAGUGUCCCGCAGUGCCACGAUAGCGAUAGCCUACAUAAUGAAAUACAAACAGAUGUCAAUGAUAGAGGCCUACAAGAAGGUGAAAGAAGCCCGGCCUAUAAUAUCGCCGAAUUUAAAUUUCAUGGGACAACUGUUAGAGUUAGAACAAAGUUUACGGAGUGAUAGUAGUAGUAGUAACAACCACCAGUGUCGCUGGAGCCAGCAGUCGACGGAUGAAGUGACGCAGGGCUGUAGUGUGUAGAGGGAGAACAGACAGUGAAAGUUGUAUUUCGUACGGACAUAAGUAAAGCAAAUAGUCAUCGGCUCGCCAUAGAGUUAAAAUCUAGUCUAAUAUUGGUCAAAUGGCUGUGUACCAUUAAAGAUAUUUCACAUUAUAAUAUACAUAUACAGGAAGGAUGUUUAUGUUAGUACUUUUUACAGCAGCUUAACCGAUCGGUUUGUAACCUGUUAGUAAAGAAAUACUCUCUUAGGAAAAUGAAACGAGGAAUCGGACUGCACCCAUUUGUUUUGGCAGCGAAUGUAUAUUGUUUAUUGUAUAAUAUUAUUUAUUAUGUAUUAAAUGUAACUCUACCGUAUAAGAAUUAUCCUUAGGUUCUUCCCGGUCCAAACCGGAUAUUUAUCGGUAUAUAAAAAUGCCAUAUUUAAUGUUUGUUCAACCAUAGUCAGUGUUUUUAGUUUUUGUGCAGAAUUUAAUUGUUGUUUUGAGUAUGUUCGAUAUGAUUUUCUUCGAGCGGAUAAGGAAGUGAAACUUUGUAUUCAGGGUUUUCAUAAUUAUAAUUGUGAUUCUUCAUAGAUUUUUAGUUUAUUGUAUGUGCAGGUACAAAGAAAGGUGCGUUUAGAGUUAGUGUAGCUGUAAAUACCGCGGGUUUCAAACUACACUGUUUUUCUCGAGUACCUAUGAAUAUAGAUAGAUGAGAGUGAGCUAUCACAUUAAAAUAUGUGCCUUCACCUUUAUUUGUAAACUAUGUAUAGAGUUCAGACUGUAAAAAUGGGUCUUGUAUAUCAAGUCUUCAAUUUGUAAAUACAUUAAAUGUUAUUAAAAA